CUUUCUUCCAAACUAUGAUAUCUAUAAAUCGGCUUCGGCUUGAUUAUUGGGGCCACUCUAAAUAUGUUUCGAAUGUUUACAAAACCCGAAUACCAGCAGCAAAUUUGUUACCCAAUUGGCGAAGUCUUUCUGCUUCAACAGACAUUGAAGAUAAACCUACGCUACUGCAACUCAAGUUAUUCACACAACAAUCCCUAGACAUGCUAGACUUCAGACUCAAAAAGCGCGAGUUCUGUUUUCCAUACGAAGACCUUUAUAGCAUGAGCCAUGGUAGAGCUGCAAAGCUCAUGAAGUCGUUUGAAGAGAAAAUAUGGGCAUCAUUCGAGAAGCAUUAUCGAGACAACAAAAUGGACACAAAUGAUACAACUGAUCAAACAGUAUCAAUAACGCAAUACUUUAAGCCACGCCCAGAGUGUAUUCCCUCGAUUGUGCAGCUGAUAUAUAUGGGUCUCUACCCCAGAGAUCUAAAAACGUACUUUGGUCAAGAAUCCGAGAAAGCAGCUCUCUGCGAUAUUUUGACAGAGCUUUACCAUCAGCAUUACUUACAAGCCGAUCUCUCGUCUGAUUUCAAUUCAAAGCAGGUUGACAUGAACUGGGAUAUUUCACGGCCAAGUGACUGGUAUCCAGGAGCCAGAAAAAUGAAAAGAAAGGUUAUCAUGCAUGUUGGACCUACGAACAGUGGAAAAACGUACAACUCUUUACAAGCCUUUGCUAAGGCUAAAUCGGGGUACUAUGCUGGUCCACUUAGGCUCUUGGCAAGAGAAAUCUACGAGAAAUUUCAAAGCCAAAAUAUAAGCUGUAAUUUAAUUACUGGAGAGGAGGUUGUGCCUUCGCUCGAUACUUUUGGAAAUGUGGCCCAAUUGUCUUCCGGUACGAUCGAAAUGAUUCCUUUGCACAAAAAAAUGGACAUCUGCAUCAUUGAUGAAAUUCAAAUGAUUGCAGACUCAAAGAGAGGAUCCGCAUGGACGAACGCCGUCUUAGGUGUGCAAGCCAAAGAGCUUCAUCUAUGUGGCGAAGAAAGUGCGGUUAAGCUAAUCCAAAAACUUCUUGAGACGACUGGGGAGGAAAUUGAGAUCAAACGCUACGAGAGAAAGGGGAAACUUACCAUGCUUUCGCAGCCUGUUGGGAAGCUAAGUGCUUUAAAAAAAGGCGAUUGUCUAGUGGCGUUUUCGAAGCGCAAAAUCUUAGAGUUGAAAUGUGAAAUCGAAAACAGCACCCCGCUCAAAGUGGGUGUUAUAUAUGGAGCAUUGCCGCCAGAAAUCCGCUCCCAGGAAUCAUCAAAGUUCAACGAUGGAGAGUACGAUGUGUUAGUAGCAUCUGAUGCGAUUGGAAUGGGCCUCAAUCUCAAGAUCAAGCGAAUAGUGUUCUGGACCUCAGUGAAAUUUGAUGGAUCGGGUUUAGUUGACUUAAGUGUAUCUAACGUGAAGCAAAUUGGAGGCCGGGCAGGAAGAUUUUCAUUGAAAGACGGGGAACUGGAAGGCUUUGUCACAACAUUCCACAAAAAAGAUCUCUCUCAUGUUUCGAAAUGUAUGAGAAUGCCAACAACCGAUCUCGACAAGGCAUGCAUCUGGCCAUCGAGUGAAUUUUGGUCCGAGUAUCUAUCCAGCUUUCGCACACCAAUGAACUACAAGGUUGGUGUCGAUCAUUUCUACAAGUCAUUGAAGGAUACCAAUUUGAAAGACUACUUCCUCAGUGAUUUCGACCAUCAGACGCAAGUAAUUGAUCUCAUUUGUUCGAGCGGACUCGACUCUCGUCUAACAAUAGAGGACCAGUUGAGGCUAGCACAGGUUCCUGUGAAUCUCAAACAUGCCGAGACGGAAGUGAUUCAACAAACUUUGCGUUUCCUUGAAUGCAUCGCGACGGGUACUUCCAAAUCAGUUCUCGACUUGAACUUUCUUUACACCUCCAUCUUGAGUGCUGAGCCCACGGUCAAAAACUCCUCUGAGAACAUUCUCCAGAUUCUUACGGAACUUGAGAAGAAUCACAAGAUUGUUCUCGUGUUCAUGUGGCUUUCUCAGAGAUGGCCGACGAUCUUCGUGGAUAAGGAAAGCGCGGGCGAGAUAAAGACUCUAAUAGAAAAACGGAUCGACGAGGAAUUGGGAUGUUUGCGAAUUGUGGCCAGAGCCGCAGGCACAAAAGCGCAGCAUAAAAACAAACAAGCUCGUAUAUAACAUGUAUAUAGCUAUUCGUGAAAUUAGAGAAUGGAAAGACCUUUACUUCACGAGCCAUGUAUGUCGGAGGUACCGUGGAA